CCGCUUUGGGCUUGCGAGCUCUCACGAGAUCGGGCACAAGCGUGACACAAUUGUGUAAACAAUGAAUUGUAAUUUAUUAUAAUGGACGCAUAAUAAUGGACUGUAUUCGUUGAGCUUUAAACGUGACAUUAAACUUGAGCGAUGCCGAGGGCCGCGGUGCGGAGUCGCCGCCGUGAUGCUGGUUCCGGGGCCCCUGGCGGCGGCUGGGCCCUGAGACACGCGGAGACGCUGGGAGACUCUGAGAGACGCUGAGAGACUCUGAGAGACGCUGAGAGACUCUGAGAGACGCUGAGAGACUCUGAGAGACGCUGAGAGACUCUGAGAGACGCUGAGAGACUCUGAGAGACGCUGAGAGACUCUGAGAGACGCACGGAGAGACGCACGGAGAGACGCUGGGAGACGCUGAGAGACUCUGGGAGAGGAGGAGGAGGCGGCGGCGCGUGAUGAUCCGCUUCGUGCUGCUGGUGAACGCGCAGGGCCGCGUGCGCCUCUCGCGCCACUUCGAGCGCCUCGGGGCGGCGCGCAGGAGGCUCGUGGAGGCCGCGGCGGCGCGGGCCGGGCUGGGGGCCGGAGACGGCGACCAGUGCUCGUUCGUGGACUACAAGGACUAUCGCCUGGUGUCACGCCGCUACGCCGCGCUCUACUGCAUCGUGGGCAUCGAUUCGGAAGAGAAUGAGCUGGAGAUCUACGAACUAAUUCACAACUUCAUAGAGACACUGGACAAGUACUUCAAUCGCGUGUGUGAACUUGCCGUAUCCUUUGAAGCUCACGAUGCUUUACGAGCAGUAAGUUCUGGCUGAUCAUGUUUAACCUGGAGAAGGUGCACAUGGUGUUGGACGAGAUGGUGGUGAAUGGGCGCGUGGCUGAGACGAGCCAGACUCGCAUCCUGGCUCCCAUCUACUUGAUGGAGCGUGCCGACCAGAGCCAGUAAAG